AUGGACACCAAUUUGAUACCUUUAGAUAGUCCUUAUGAAGAAAAGGAUGCUAGAAAUUUGAGAAAUUUUUAUAAACUUCAAAAUGCAUGUGCUACUCUGAAUGAAUCCAUUAAAGUUAUCUAUGAAUAUUCUCCAUCAUUUGAAGAAAGAGAAUAUAUGACAAGGAAUGGUAAUCCCUUAGAACAAACCAUUGCCAACAGUCCUGCCGUGCAUGUAGCAAAUUACUUAACAAACAUGCGAAAUUCAUUUGAUUUGGAAGCUAUUUUCAAAGCUCAUCAUUUCGAAAAUGGUAAAUCUCCUGUCGAUAAAUUUAUUUCAUAUCCGGUUUGUACUGAUCCUAAUUUAGAACAUUUAGCAUUCAUUCAUAAAAGUUUACCAAACAUGAACGUCAGAUUAACGGAAUUACAGAAGACUAUCAUGAGUAAUGAACGUCUUGAAUUUUUAGGUGAUAGUUGGUUGGGUGCCUUCAUUGCAUUUAUCAUAUAUAAAAAAUAUCCGUACGCUAAUGAAGGUGCUUUAUCUAAAAUGAAAGAUGCAAUUGUAAAUAAUAACAAUCUCGAAAAACUAAGUGAAAAAUUAGGGUUUAAAGAACGUUUAAAGGAAAAUAUCCCACGUUCCUCUAUGAAGAUUAAAGAUAGAUUGACCAAACAUUAUGCGGAUUGCGUGGAAGCAUAUAUUGGAGCUUUAGUCGUUGAUAGGUUUGCCACAGAAUUUAAAGAUGUUUCAGAUUGGCUUGAAGAACUUUCUACUGAACAUUUUGAAAACUUAGGACCAUUAAUGUUCAGAGAACCUUUAAACAGGAAUGCAAAAGGUGAAUUGGGUGAGCUAUUACAAUUUAAUAAUAUUGGAGCCAAAAUUAAUUACACAAAGCUUACUGAAAACUCGCCAUUUAGCGUUGAAGUUUAUUUAGGUGACAUUUUCUUGGGUAAAGGUGACGGACCUAACAUCAGAGAAGCUGAACAAAGAGCUGCUAUGGCAGCCUUGGCUGAUCAUGCAUUAAUACAGAAAUAUUCCUCCUAUGAUAUAGAAGUAGACAAGAAAUACCUUGGCGGUUCAAAUGCUUCUAAUCCUGCCUUGUCUACUGAUUCCCCUAUCGAUAUAACAGAGGUUGAUAAUGAUAAUCGACUAGAAACUUCUGUAAAAGAUGUAGAAUCAAUUCAAGAACAUGAGUACAUGAUACCAAACCAACUUAAUAAUUCAUAUGAACCAUAUGCUGCUAUGACAUCACAAAAACAUCAUUUGACUCCUUUAGAAAAACAAUCUCAAGAAGUUAACAAAAAGCCCCAGGAGUUUACUCUACCUGUAGAUAAUCAACCUCAGGUGGAAGCAGCUCCUCUUCCUCCUGUUACAUCUUCUAAUGUAGACCAGAUUAUGGCUGAGGUAAUGCAAAAAAUGAGCACAAUGAUGACAUCAAUGGUAAGUGAAACAGUGUCAGAAGUAUUGAAGAAAUCAAUGCCGGUGGCAUCUAAACCAACGUUGCCUUCUUUAUCUCCUUUAGCUAUCCCCACUGCCAACGCUGAUUCACAACUUCAUAAAGCACAUCUUCCAUCAAAAGCUACCACAGGUAUAUUGCCACCACCACCCAUGGGGACAACUCCUCUAGUUCCAAAACCAUCUUCGAUUGGUAACGGUAUCGUCCCCCCACCUCCUGGCAUGGCACCUUUACCUCAACAAACUCCAAUGCACUUCCAUGCCAACCGAACCAGUGGAGCAUCGUCAUUUUCAUCAUCUGCUCCUGGCAAUCGUAAUGAAAGCUAUGAUAAAGAAGCAUCAGGUAAAUUAUAUGCUAUGUUAGGUAAAAUAGGACUUUAUCCUGAAUAUAUUAUCGAACAACUAUCUAUAGAUCAUUUUGUUGCUACAUGUAACCUCAAAGGAUUAGGGAUCCAUCUUGGUACAGGGGAAGGAAGAAGUAAAAAUUUCCCAACAUAUUGCUGCUGA